AUGAACGAAAAUCAGACUCUACCACCUUUACUUGAAGUGCAGGAUUUGUCAGUCUCUUUCAAGACUGUAGCCGAGCGCAGCGAUGCGGUUCGGAACGUAUCCUUCGAUGUUCAUUCCGGUGAAACCGUUGCGAUCGUUGGCGAGAGCGGUUCCGGUAAAUCUGUUACCGCGUUGUCAAUUAUGCAGCUUCUUCCGUAUCCGUCAGCAUUUCACCCGAGCGGUAGUAUCCGCUAUAACGGUCAGGAAUUGGUCUACGCUUCACAGCAGGUUCUGCAGGAAUAUCGCGGCGACCGAAUCGGCAUGAUUUUUCAGGAACCGCAAACAUCCUUGAAUCCGCUGCAUACGAUUUCCAGACAAAUUAGCGAAACGCUCAUUGUUCAUAAAGGGAUGAGCAAGUCUGAUGCGAUAGGCAGAUCGCUUGAACUUCUUGAAAUGGUGCGCAUUCGAAACGCUCGCGAGCGUCUUCAUGACUAUCCGCAUCAACUGUCUGGGGGACAGCGACAGAGAGUCAUGAUCGCCAUGGCACUUGCCAACGAGCCCGGUUUGCUGAUUGCCGAUGAGCCGACGACUGCUUUGGAUGUGACAAUUCAAGCAGAAAUUUUGAAACUGCUGCGUGACCUGCAGCAAGAAAUGGGUAUGUCUCUGUUACUGAUCAGUCACGAUUUAAACGUGGUUCGAAAACUAGCGAAUCGAAUCUGUGUCAUGCGCCAGGGUGAGUUUGUAGAAACCGGCAGCAGGUCGGAGAUAUUCGAAAAUCCGCAACAUCCCUAUACCAAGAUGCUGCUCGAAGCAGAACCGUCAGGACGUUCCGGCGAACCUCUGCCUGAGGCUCCGGUGGUAGUUGAUUCGGAGUCUGUACGAGUGUGGUUUCCAGUGCGGCGAGGAGUGCUGCGAAGAACCAUCGGUCAUAUAAAGGCGGUGAAUGAUGUUAGCGUAACGGUGCAAGAAGGUGAAACGAUUGGAAUAGUCGGUGAAUCCGGGUCAGGAAAAACUACUUUUGCACUAGCGUUGCUAAGAUUGAUCAGCAGUGAAGGUAGGAUUCGAUUUGAAGGCAGGGAAAUCCAGGGUAGACAAACUAAAGAAUUGCGCGAGCUACGUCGCAAAAUGCAGGUUGUGUUUCAAGAUCCGUACAGUAGCCUCAGUCCAAGAAUGACAGUGUCUGAAAUUAUUGCUGAGGGCUUCGGGUGCAUGAGAAAGACAUGA